AUGGACGAGGAGAAGGAGAUGACGAUGAUGAUGAUGAUGAGAAGUGCCAGCGACAAGGAGAGGACGAAGAUGAGAGAGCGGCAGCGAAGAUCCAUCACCACCAAGAUCUUCAACGGCCUUCGUAAACAUGGCGGCUAUAACCUUCCCCCUCGCUCCGACAUCAACGAUGUACUUCGGGAGCUCGCUCGCGAGGCCGGUUGGGUCGUCGAACCGGACGGCACUACCUACCGUUCUCCCUCCUGGUUCAACCACCACCACCACAGUAACCACAACUCUUCCUCCACCACCACUUCUGCCCCCAACGUGACGGUGGAGCACAUGCCUCAUUAUCACAGCUCCUGCCUCGCCGGAAAAAGUAGCAAAACCCCUACUCCUACUAGUAGCUUUGGCGGAGGUGGAGAAUGUUCCACCACUGCUUCCCCUCGCAACGUGGGCGUAUUUGAUACUGUGGCGCAAACUGUGGGUUCUGUUCGUAGUGGUGGGCCCAACUCGCUCUACUUAGGUGCCGGUGGCUGUGCUUCAUCAUCUUACCAUCAGUUUACGCCACCUGAUCCUGACUUACCAGUUGCUGCUCUUUACUGUGGUAUUGGCUUUCCUAAUGGUAUACUCAAUGGAACGGCACAACUCUCCGCUGCUACCAGAGAUGCAGCUGCCAUCACCACUGGGACGGCCACGAUGCUGACACGUCAGCAACUCUAUCUCAUUGAGUCCAGAGCUUCUAAUGAGAACUCGCCAGUCGUUUCUCCCCGUCGUGGUCCCCAGUGA